UCUCUGUCUUCUCUCACGUUUCGCGCCUCACACGUCGAAACCCUAAAUCGCCGCCCCCGCCGCCGCCUUCUUCGACAGCACGCCAGCUUGCCGAUCAGGCCACGCCGGAGCGUCUCCGACGUCGUUGUUCGAUUAAUCCGGAGGGUCUCGAAUCUCAGGACUCCGACGGGCAUCUUACCAGAUACUAGUUCAUUCUAAAGCAAAUCGAGCAACUAGAUAGACAGAAAAAGAAAAAAUGAACCCAUUGACGCUGGUGAAGCGUACUCAGAAGAUUAAUUUGACUGAGGCGGCGCUAGGUAUUUCGGAUGGGGCCUCUUGGCACGCUAAGUACAAGGACUCUGCCUACAUCUUUAUUGGUGGCAUUUCCUUCGACCUCACGGAAGGCGACCUUCUUGCAGUCUUUGCACAGUAUGGAGAGGUUGUUGAUGUUAAUCUUGUGAGAGACAAGGCUACUGGUAAGUCGAAAGGUUUUGCCUUCCUUGCAUACGAAGAUCAAAGGAGUACUAUCCUGGCUGUAGAUAAUUUAAAUGGGGCUAAGAUCCUUGGUCGAAUUGUGAGAGUUGAUCAUGUUAGUAAUUAUAAGAAAAAGGAAGAAGAAGAAGAAGAUGAGGAGGAGCGGCAAAAGAAGAGAGAGGCACGAGGUGUAUGUCGUGCCUUUCAAAGAGGUGAAUGCAAGUGGGGUGAUGCAUGCAAAUUUUCUCAUGAUGAACAGAGAUGUGCAAACACAGGCUGGGGAGCCAAGGACCGCGAGCCAAGAUGGAAUCAUGACAAAUAUGAUGAGCCUCCUAAGAGUCGAAAAAAUAUCUCACAACGGACGUCAGAUCAUAACGAGUAUCAUCACAAGGCAAGGGAGGGCGAUGACGAGGACAUACAUCACAGGAAGUCAAAGAGGGACAACUACUCAGAGAGGUGGAGAUUGAAAGGAGAUCAUGAGGAGAAGCGUCAUAGGCACGAGAGAGAACGCUCCACCCGCCACCGGAGUAGGGAAGAUGAAGAAUCUCAAAGGAGAACUCGCACAUAGGGACUUUUACUUUAGUGUGGUCCAUGAUGUACACUUUGAUGAUCCAUAUUGUGGACCAUAAUUUCUACAAAUGUAAAGAACAUGGUAAUUUAUUUUCAACCAACUUGAGGGCAACUGUAAUGGGGGUUUAUAACUAGGGUUUAUGCUAUAAACCCCUCAUUAUAAACCUCACCCUCCAUUGCAUGAAUGAGGUUUGUAAUUUUUUUUUUAUAAAUCGGUCCUAAAAUCUUGAGACUGGUUUAUAAAAAAAGUUGUAAAAAGUGUUUAUAUUUUUUCUCUUAAUCCCGUUGAAUGCCCUUUGUAUGUCCACUA